AUGCGAAUCCCAGCUGUUGAUGUCACUGCUUCGAACGGCACCCUCAAGCCCUUACAGACAUUUACAUACACCUUGCCCAGCCCGGGGCCAGCUGGGGAUCGCCAGGCGGCACCGCACAUCCACGAGGCCCGGACAGACCCGCUGGGCCAGUAUGUGUUUGCGAUUGAUCUCGGAGCGGACCUUGUGCGUGUGUACGCGGUAAAUCACGAAACUCUGUUAUUGGAUGAACGCCCAGCAUUAAACGCCACCCCGGGCUCCGGGCCUCGACACGGUGUGUUUACACAAGAGCCGAUUCUAUUCCCAGAUGGCGUCGCGAGUUACGUCUUCUACCUUGCUGCUGAGAUAACCGGAACCAUCACCGCGUACCGGGUGACAUAUCUACCGAACCUAGGGGGCCUUCAGCUUGAUGAACUGUCCAAUGGUACAUAUUCCUCGCUGGAACCUGGAACGCCGACACCUGCCACCGGAGGAAAGGGAAUCACGGGUGAGAUCAGAGUGAGUCCCGACGGCGACUUUCUCAUUGUGAGUAACCGCCGUGAUGCUCGCUUCAAUGGAACCACAGACCAGUAUCCACCGGAUGGGACUUCGGACUCGAUGUCAAUUUUCCGGAUCCGGCAAGACCUUGCUGGCAGGCUUGACUUUGUGCAAGCCUCCCCAGCGGGCGGCUCCAUAGCCAGGACCUACGAUUUGAACGCCGCGGGGAAUUUAGCAACCGCUUUGUUGAUGUCCCCCUUUAGCAAGGCGACUGCGGCCAGUAUAGCGCUGGCCUUCAUUACUUGGAAGUAA